AUGGGCAUCAACAGCUUGGAAGAUCAGAGGUUGAAGGGGCUGCAGGAUCUGGCGGCGGUAGGAGAUGUCGAUAAAUUAUUUUCAGAACUUAUGAAGGAUCUAUAUGUUUUGGCGGAUAUUGAUAAGAUACUAUUUGUGACUACUCCCUUACACACAGCUGUAAGCCAAGGAAAGAUCCAUUUCGCCAAGGAAAUACUAAACUUAAUGCCAUCAUUUGCUUGGAAGCGAGACCAUCUUGGGCGUAUUCCCCUCCAUUUGGCUUUGGAAGGGAAGCACCUGCAGAAACGGCUGAAUCCUUGUGAUCCGGAUUUGGAGUUGAAGUACCAGAAAAUUGUAUCAUGGUUGAUAAAACAUGACAGUGAGCUUGUCCGUGUUAAAGCAAAGGGAAUGGUUACUCCUUUGCACUAUGCAGCUCAACUAGAUGAUGAAUCCAGUUUGGCUGAGUUUUUGCAUGUUUGUCCAUCAUCAAUAGAAGAUUUGACUGUUAAAUCUGAAACUGCCGUCCAUGUCGCCAUAAAAAACGCGAGUUUGAAUGCCUUUAAAGUGUUGUUGGGAUGGUUUCGAUACUUCAACAAAGAAGAGAUGCUGUACAGUAAGGACGAGGACGGAAACAAUGCAUUGCAUACUGCAGUAUCUGCAAAUCAACCUGAGGUGGUGAAGCUGUUGAUUGGAUGUAUGAAAGUGAAUAUAAAGAACAGUAAUGGUUUGACAGCUUUGGACAUGUUCUACGAACGCCAAGCUCAAGGUUCGGUAGAUGCAGCAGUUGGGGACAUUCUACUUACUGCUAAAGCUAAAACUGCAUCUGAACUCCAUCCGCCCUUAAGAGAUUCAGAAAAAAAUUCGAAAUUCAAGAAGUUUUCUGAUGUCUUAUCGUGUUCAGACAGAAUUAGGAGAGAAUUAUGGCUGUUUCACCGAAGCGUAAAUGAAGUUCCUCUUAAAGUCCGAAAUAUACUACUUGUAGUGGUAAUUUUGACCGCCACAGCCACAUACCAAGCUGCACUAGCUCCCCCCGGAGGAUAUUGGCAAGAUGACGGCAAACUGCAGCCUGCAGCGAACAACACUGGUAUCAGUAACACCACCACCUCCGCUAUCAGUAACACCAACACCACUACCGCUAUCAGUAACACCACCACUACCGCUAUCAGUAACACCACCACCACCAUCUCUAGUACAGAGCCUUCUGAACAACACCGUGCAGGGAAUAUGAUUCUGGGCCACAAAGACAUGGAUGAGAGGUUGCAGAAUUUUGCCAUGGAAGGAAAUGUGGACGCAUUUUUUUCAGUACUUGCAGAGGACCCUUAUGUUUUGGAGCGUAUUGAUCAGGUACCGUUUGUGACUACUCCCUUGAACACAGCUGCAAGGGAGGGAAAGUCCCACUUCGCCAAGGGAAAUGAUUAUGAGGUCUUUUAA